AUGGCAACCAGGAAAUUGAACGUCUUGGUGUAUUCCGGACAUGGAAGUACUACCGAGUCUGUGCGCCACUGCCUCUACACCCUCCGUCGCUUGCUGUCCCCAGCAUAUGCCGUAAUCCCUGUCACAGGUGACGUCCUUAUCAAAGAGCCUUGGUUCAGCACUUGCGCACUGCUAGUCUUUCCCGGAGGCGCAGAUCUGGGGUACUGCCGCACGCUGAAUGGCGAGGGCAAUCGCCGUAUCAGCCGCUACGUCAAUGCUGGCGGCUCAUACCUGGGAUUCUGCGCUGGCGGCUACUAUGGCAGCGCAAAAUGUGAAUUCGAAGUUGACGAUCCCACGAUGGCAGUUGUUGGGAAUCGUGAGCUGGCUUUCUUUCCAGCGGUUUGUAGAGGCUUGGCUUUUGAAGGGUUCAAGUAUGCCAGUGAGGCUGGCGCCAGAGCGGCAGAUAUCAAGAUCGAGAAGGCCGCAUUCGACGGUGUAGGAGAAAAGACUGCCGACUCCUUCAAGUGCUAUUACAAUGGCGGUGGAGUGUUUGUCGAUGCGAGCAAGCUUGAGUCAAGAGGCGUGCAAGUCCUGGCCACUUACACGGAAGACCUACACGUUGAAUCUGGUGAGAGUAAGGCUGCAGUUGUGUAUCGAAAAGUUGGUGAAGGCCAUGCCAUAGUCACUGGCCCGCACCCUGAGUUUGCGCCACAAAACUUAACCCAAAUCCCCAGUCUUCCUUCUUAUGCGUCGUUAAUUGAUGCCAUUACUAAGACAGAUGCAAACCGUAUUGCAUUCUUGGGAAUGAUGCUACGCAAGUUGGGUUUGAAUGUCAACGAAGAGGAACAAGCGGUACCAUCCCUGUCCCGCCUGCAUCUCACCUCUCACAAACCGACAGCCGUCGCGGAUCUUGUCGCGUCUUGGGCCGAAGUCAUCACUGUAGUCGACGGUGAGGACUACAUCCAUGGCGGGAAUGAUGUGUUCCACAUCGAAAAACAGGGCAGUGUUUGGGGUGUUAAAGAAUUGAAACGAGCCGUGAGUGCGGUUUCGGAGAAGCUGCCAACAUUGGCGUCAACACAGGACAAGGAAGGGGAAAAAUUUGCAACCGAGGCAGCUGACGAUAAAAAGAAGCCGAAAACUAAGGAAGAAGAGAUUCAGGAAUGUGUCAAGUACACAGCCAACUCGGCCUUCGACCAAAUCCUCUCCUACGAUAAAGUAGUCAAGACAAUCGUUCCUCAUAAGGAAGGUGUCCCUACAAGCCGCGAAACGCCAUUCCAUCACGAAGCCUUCUAUGCCAACCUGCAUCACUACCACACUAAGCUUCGUAACCCCUCCGCAUCUUUCGGCUCGGCUCUCAUCUAUGGCGAGGUAGUCACGAGCACCAACACCCUUCUCGAUAAGAACCCGGCUCUCCUCCGCAGCCUCCCGAAUGGCUUCACGGUAACAGCAACAACGCAGAUUGCCGGUCGUGGACGUGGCUCAAAUGUUUGGGUCGCGCCGCCAGGCGCAAUGAUGUUCAGCACCGUCCUGCACCACAGCUUCGCUCUCUCGCAAUCAGCUCCGGUCAUCUUCGUCCAGUAUCUCGCCGCUCUAGCCAUCGUCCAAGGCAUUCAGGACUAUGCACCAGGCUACGAGAAGAUCCCAGUCAAGCUGAAAUGGCCAAACGACAUCUACGCUCAACUUCCAGGGAGCAGCAACAACCCCGUCGUGAAGAUCGGCGGCAUCCUGGUGAACAGCAGCUACUCCGGCACUUCCUACGACGUCGUCUGUGGCAUUGGUCUGAACCUUUCCAACGCCCUCCCCACAACGUCCCUCAACCAGCUCGCCGCCAGCCAAACCCCGCCGCUCAAGCCUUUUACCCAGGAGAAACUCCUCGCCAGCAUUCUCGCUUCCUUCGAGUCACUGUAUAGUAACUUCUGCACCACGGGCUUCAAUCGUGAUAUGGAAGAGCAGUACUACCGCGCAUGGCUGCACACCGAUCAGAUUGUGGAGCUGGAGAGCGAGGGAGGCAUCAAGGCGCGCAUUAAGGGUAUCACAAGGGAUUGGGGGUUGCUUCUUGCGGAGGAGCUGGGCUGGCAGGAUCGCCCGACGGGCAAGGUAGUUAGUCUGCAGAGCGAUAGUAACAGCUUUGACUUUUUCAGGGGUCUGGUGCGGAGGAAGGUGUAG